GGGGUCUCCGACCAUUCCCCCCUCCCGCCCCUUCUCCGUCGCUCUUAGGCGGCGAGGAGGAUGCCGUGGAGCACAGCGCCCUCUGCUUCCCGCCGCCUCCGGGAGAAGACGAAGGCGAGGCGAGGCGGAGAGCGAGCGCUCGAGGGGGAAACGCGCUCUAUAAAGGCCCUGGGAAGCGCCAAGGAGCGGCCGAGCUGCAGCCCAGCGCGGCGGCUCUGAGGAAUUAAGCGGAGCUCUUUCCUCUCCCAGAACAGGCGCCUCCAGGGCUCCGCUGCGCCUUGGACGGAGAGAGAGAGACGGACAGCAUCGGCGGAGGAGGCUCCACGUGGGUUUCUUUCCACGCUUUGCUCCCUCCGCUUCCUUGGCGAGUUAAGACCAACAAAGAUGCUCAAAGUUACCAGGACGGCACAGAAACUGCUGCUCGGUGGUUCUGUCUCAGUGGGGAUGUGAGAGCAGCUUCGGAUAGCUUUUUCUCUCUUUUCCCCUACCUAUCACUUUGCCUCUUCCAAGGGAGGGAAGCUUCUCACUCCCUGGCUCUGGUGAUCUUGGAAACAUCCCAGCUGCACUGCUUUUUGCUGCUGCGGGGAGCCCCCCCUCCCGGCCCAGGACGGAGCUGAAGGAUGCAGUUUCGCCUCUUCUCCUUUGCCUUGAUCGUCCUGAACUGUAUGGAUUACAGUCACUGCCAAGGUGCCCGGUGGAGACGCAGCAAGAGAGCCAACUAUGGACCCAAUCCAAUCUGCAAGGGUUGUUUGUCUUGCUCAAAGGACAACGGAUGCAUCAGAUGUCAGCAUAAAUUGUUCUUCUUUCUACGAAGAGAAGGAAUGAGACAAUACGGGGAGUGCUUGAAUUCCUGCCCAUCAGGGUACUAUGGUCUCCGAGCUCCAGACAUGAACAGAUGUUCAAGAUGCAGAAUAGAGAACUGUGACUCUUGUUUUAGUCGAGACUUUUGCACCAAGUGCAAACCUGGGUUUUAUCUCUACCGAGGCCGUUGCUUUGGAGAAUGCCCUGAUGGCUUCAUGCCUUUAGAGGAAACCAUGGAAUGUGUGGAAGGCUGUGAAGUCGGCCCAUGGAGCGAGUGGGGAAUUUGCAGCAGGAACAACAAGACGUGUGGAUUUAAGUGGGGUUUGGAAACAAGAACAAGGCAGAUUGUGAAAAAGCCAGCAAAGGACACUCUACCAUGUCCAACCAUUGCAGAGUCCAGAAGAUGUAAAAUGGCCUUGAGGCACUGUCCAGGAGGGAAGAGAACACCAAAGACAAAGGACAAGAAAAAGAAGAAAAAGAAUUUAAUGGAAAGAGCCCAGAAGCAACACAGCCUCUUCUUAUCUACAGACCGGGCUGGUCAAUAAGAGACUUGAGUUGUCUGCCUGUACAAGUGGGAUUAUAUCUAUCUAUAUAUAUUUGUUCAUAUUUUUGCAAAAUGCACAGAAGCUGCUACCUGCUCCUGCACACAGAUGCACUGCAAUUCAGCUGCUUGGAUGCAAAUAACUUGUGGGGUUGGGCCUGGUGGGGAGGGAGAGAAUGAGAAUGUCCACAAGCUUGUUUGUGUUAUUUAUACUUUUAUUGUUAUUUGUUGUUCUUGUUGUUUCCCUCCCAAACCUGGAGUUAUCCAGGGGCAGAAGAAGCACACUGAGUUGAAUCAGUGGAUCUGUAUCCCUGUUGCCUCCUCCCCACUGAAAAAGUAUUUUUGAAUUUCUUUGUUUUGCUUUUUGCUUUUGUUUUAAAUCAGUGCCUGCAAGUUAGAAACAACCAGCUUCUUGGCCUAAAACUUUGCAGCAGGAGCAUUGAGGCUGCAAAAAAAAAAUACUGUUGUUUAAUGGACUUGUGCAUAUUUAUAUAAGGAAGGGAGGCCGGGGAGUUAGGAUUGCAUUUAUGGCCUUUGUUUCUUGUAUUGUAAAUUUCCAAGAAUAAAUAACACUAAGCAGAUAUUCAUAGAUAAUGUUCUUUGUCCUCAGCACCUCUUAUAUUGGGACGAUUGUAUAGUCAAACUGCUCCCGACUGAUAUAUUGCAGGAGACCCUGCUUAGUAUUUCAGGAGCACAGCAGUUCCCAUGUGUCUACAUAUAAAUAAACCUAUUUACAAUA